AUAUCAUUUUGUGCUUUUCUUUUUAACGACUAAUUUUUUUCUUUCAAAAAAAAAAAAUAUAUUUCCUUUUGCUAUUGACGAGUUUGUAUAUUAUUUUUUUUUUUUAAUAAUUAAUCUUUGGAAGUACUUUAAUAAUUUCAAAAAUGACCAUAUACUCGAAAAGAAAUAUAUGGUGCACACUUUUCUUAUACUUUACUCUAGUUCAAGUUGCUUAUAGUUUAACUAGUCAUUGUAUUGACGAAGUAGGGUAUUGUUUUACAAUUACACUUCCACAAAGUAAUGAAACUCUUGUACAUUUCCGUUUAGAGGCUCCUAAUACGGCCGGUUGGCUUGGUUUAGGUAUUGGUCAUAAUAUGGACGGAUAUUUGAUGGUCGCUUGGGCUAAUAGUGAUGGCAGUAUAACACUUUCACAGCGUAUAGGAGAAGAAGGAACUCAGCCAAUGGCAACUGAUCAACAAUCUGAUCUCAAACUUAAUAUGGAUACCAGUAAAAUUAAUGAAAAUAAUAAAUUUAUUGUAGAAUUCACUCGUCCCCUUAAAGUUAAGGGCAGUAGAAUUAAAAAUAAACAAAACUUUGCAUAUGCAUAUGGUACAUUAAAUCCGGAAGAUAAAGAUAUCGAUGCUUAUUUACCACGUCAUGAUUACAGAGGUAAUAUUAUAUUAAACCUUGCGGAAGGAGGCAGCGAAUUGUCACACUAUGAUAAAUUGAUAGUUGCUCACGCUGCUUUGAUGUUUUCCGCCUGGCUUAUUAUCAUUCCUGGUGCAGUAUUCAUCGCACGAUUUGCGAGAAAUUUUCUUCCAACAACAUGGUUCAAAUUACAUGUUGGCAUUCAAGCCUUUCUCUCACUUCCUGUUAUGUUGGCUGGUAGCGCUCUAUCUUUCGCUGCUGCCGGAAAUCUUAAAUUUGAUGAUCCUCACAAGAUCGUUGGAUUCGUGCUUUUCCUUGGAUUCUUUGUACAACUAGCAAUUGGUGCAAUCCAUCAUCAUUUGUACGAUCCAAAACGCGUUCAUAUUCCAUGGUGGACUCAACUUCAUUGGUGGUUUGGAAGAGCUUUAGUUGUAUUGGCUGCUUUUCAAAUUCCACUUGGACUCAAACUUUAUGGAGCCGAUAUGGUCUAUUAUUAUAUACAUUAUAUUUAUCUAUUUAUUAUUCUUGUUGCAUUUUCCUUCUUAUCUUUCCGAUUAUGGAAUAGAAGGCAAGAUAGUGGAUUUAAACGUAUGCGAGAUUCACAAGAUAAUGGAUCUAAACAUGAGCAAAAUUCUUAAUUGCCAUUUAAGAAUGUUCCGUUUAUUUAAUGAUAUAAAAGAAAUUAAAAUAUAUAUAUAUAUAUACACACAAUAUUUAUGGAUUGAUUAUUAUUGAGUAUUGUACUUAUGUAUAAAGUAGUUUAUAAGUAGUUUUCUAUUCUUUUUUUUUUUAUUAGAUAUAAUUAUAAAAAUAAAAUUAGUCCUUUUAUUUAAAUUUAAUAUUCUAACCAAAUAAUAAACAUA